UACUAGACUAAAAUUAUAGUAUGUAAAGAUAUCGUAAAAACAAUUGUAAUAUAUAUGCAUCACAUUUGUCACGUGUCAUGAUUCAUAAAAGUGGGUGGAUUACAAUGACUUCACCUUUAAAUCUUUAAUAGAAACGUAAUAUGGAAGUUAUUCUUUUUUUGUAUUUUUGAAUAAAUCAAUAGAUUUCCUAACAAAUUUUAUAAAAAUAGUUUACGUAUCAAAUAAAACGAAACGUAAGAAUAUAUUUUGUGAUCAUCUUCAAAGUUAGCAUUGCGCGAUAGGUUAUUUUGUUGACUUUAAAAAAGCAUACAUGAUACGAGUGUGUAAUGAUUAAAUUGUAAAACAUAAUAAACAUUUUGAUCUUUACAAUUAUGUGAACAGAAGAAGAAAAAUAAUUUCGCGAUUUGCGCUUGUCAAGUUUGUAUAUUUACAUACUUAUCAAUUGUAACGUAAAAUGGGACAAUUUCAUGACAGUGCGAUGAGUACUCGUAUAGUAUUCGACGAAAAAAGCGAAAAUGGAUUAAUUCUUGCUGACAAGUACCUGCCUCAGGAAUUAUUGACAGAGAUUUUUUGCUAUGUCGAUUACAAAUAUUUAUUGAAUUGUCAAUUAGUAUGCAAACGUUGGAAAAUUUUGAUACAGAGUUAUGUUUGGCGCAAAAAAGCAGAAAUUUCGCUUGGUCAAUCACUUUUGCUAGAUAAAGACGUUCCUUGGGAUGUAUAUUAUUUAAUAUGUAAGAAGAAACCCUUUAAAAGAAAUUUGAUAAAAAAUCAUUCUGGGGAACAUGGGACAAAGAAAUAUUGGAGGAUUCUUAGCGAAGGAGGUGACAGAUGGGUAGUAGAAAAUCCUCCAAAGGGAGUUCCACCUUUACCAGUAAACGAACCAAUUUUUGAAGGAAAGCAAUUUUGUUUUGUUACUUCCUACCAUCACUGCACCAAGACACAAAUGAUUGAUUUAGAAGUUGAAGGAUUGGUGCCAUAUGUUUUAGACAAAUUGCAACCUCCAAUAGUGAUAAGCGAGUGGUACAGUUGUCGUUGGGAUUGUCCAGCUAAUUAUGAGUGUGCUGUCAAUUUGUUAGAUGAAAAUAACAAAGUAUUAGAUUCCUUUCAAUUUCAUGAUAGUAUUGUAGAUGAAAAACAAAAUCAUUGGCAUCGGGUAUCACAUGAAUUUACAAACUAUGGGCCUGGACUUAGGAAGAUUUCAUUUUAUCAUGGAGGUGUAGAUAAAUCAUUUUGGGCAGGACACUAUGGAAGUAAAAUGGCAGGUGCUUGUGUUUACGUGAAAAUUCCCACUGUACAGCAUUGUAAUAACGAGGAAAGUAAUAUGAUAUUAGAUAUAGAUUAAUAUAUUUUUAAGUUAAAAUCAAUUGCUUUUAUUUUAAUUUUAAAUUCCUUAAUAUUCUUUGAAAAUAUGAAUAAUAUGCAUAAUAUAUGAUGUGAAAAACAUUAAUAAAUUUCAAAAUAUGCCUAUAUACUUAACAUUAAAAAUUAUAUUUAUAAGUAUAAACAUUGUACAUUGUAAUGAAAUUAUAAACUAUAUUAAAUACUUGUUAAACUGUAAAUAAAAGCUACAAUGUAGUGUAAAUUAUAAGCAUGAGUGAGGCAUAAUGCUUACAUAAUAAGUAAUAUUUUGUAUGAAUUUAUAUAUCUGAAAUAUAAAUGAGAAUCGUGUUUUAUAAAUGUUG